UCUGGGAAGUGUAGAGUCUUGUGUGUCUGGUUGUGGCUGCCUAUGUGUUCUCUCUACCUUAGGUAUUUAUGAGAGCUCCUGGCUCCAAGCCCGUCCCCGUCUUCUUAACCACAACACACACUCUCUCUCUACCACAACACCCACUCUACGUCGUUUGGCAUUGCCCAGCAACCUCUCUCGGCGUCGUUUCGCUUAUUCCGAACUUGUCCAGACCCAUCAGUUCUGUCUCGUCUACCAGCGAAGCGGCAAAGGACGCUCACGAAAUCUCUCGGCAUCCAGACCUCUCUUGGGGCUACCACAAGGAACACACGCACGUCGACAAGCAGCCAUGGACUUCAAGAGCGCUGGCCCAGUCGUCACUCCCACCCUGGGGAACGCUGGCCUCCUUUCGCCUGAGUAUGGCUUGCACGCCAACUCUGCGUCGGACGGUUUCACUGGCCUUCCCGCAGGCUAUCCCACGCACAUGGGUCGGUCAUUUGCCUGGACCGGGAAACACUUUGACGGCCAUGAGCCCCGCUUCGUCCACAACCUGUCCGAGACGGAGCUGGCAGAGAUACGUUCCGCCAAGGAUCAAUUCAAAUCGUUGGAAUUGGAUGGCGACCAAGUCAACCGAGCCAACUUUCCGCUUCCCACCUUGGGCCCCGUCUUGGACAAGUUCAGUCAAGAUGUCUACAACGGCACGGGGCUCUGCGUCAUCCGCGGAGUCAAGCCAGAAGACUACUCUGUCGAGGACCUGACGAUUGUCUGGCUGGGAAUCCAAGCCUACAUCGCCGACCAACGGGGCUGUCAAGACCACCGAGGAAAUAUGCUUGUGCAUAUCGUGGCCGACAACUCCUCUGAAAUCAAGCUAGGUCACCACCGUCAUUCUACCUCCGCCAUUUCAUUCCACAACGAAGAAGCCGGCGAUGUGGUCGCCUGGUUGACUCGUAGCACUGCAGCAUCCGGUGGCAAGUGCAUCGUUUCCUCUGCUUAUACGAUCUAUAAUAUCUUGGCGGUCCAUCGACCCGACAUCAUACGCACACUUGCGAAGUCGGACUGGCCAUUUGCCCUGCCGCGUUUCCAGUGUCGACCAUUGUUGUUCUAUCAUGAUUCGAGGCUGGUCAUGAACUUCGGACGUACACCUCUACUAGGAAACGCCGUCCACCCGCGUCCGGACCACCUCCCAAAACUCAAUGAUCGCCAGCGCGAAGCGCUAGACGUGGUGGAGGCAAUUGCCCAGGCGGUCCAGCUCGAGAUCCAGACCCAGGCUGGCGAUAUGCACUUCAUCAACAACCUGGCCGUUCUCCACAGACGCGAAGGAUUUGUGGAUGGAGCUGCUCCUCAGGAGAAGCGUCACCUGGUCCGCAUGAGACUACGCAGCUCGCGGCUAGGGUGGGAGAUUCCGAGCGAUCUGAAGCAGGAAUGGCACGACGCAUUCGACUCAGAUACCCACCAGACGUGGCACCUAGAGCCGAUGCCCGGCGACGUAUUCCCCCUUCGCAAGUACACAAACUAAUGGGGAUGGAGCCGGGAUACGCCGCGGUGCGGUGCUCGACCCAACCCACACAUUGGCCUUCGGAAAAAAAGCAUGGGAUGAGGAUCACCAAUAAGGUUUAGAGUUACGGGGAGUUUACUAACAAGGACAAAAGGGGAGUUUAGAAAAGGGGAAAGGUUUUCCCUAUUCUCGAGAAACAAAAGAGGUUACAUCUGGGCUCCUGCUAUGGCUCGCGCUGGCCUACCUAAUAAUUAUUGGCAGAUGCCGGGUUUGGCGAGGGAAGUGUGUCUGUCCUAUGCUGUUGCGUCCUACCCUACCACUCCUGGGAAAUCAUGGCUACGAACUGAAAAGGGAGAAAGAAAAAAGUCUGUUAUUGUCUGUUGGGGUCGCCUAAAAACAAAACUGGGAAAAAAAAUGUCGAGUAGUAGAUCGCCUAGAACUUGCCUGGAAGUCCAAGCAAGCGAGCAGGCAUAGCAUAGCAUGGCUCAAUAUCACCUUACCCUACUACUGCUGCUACUGCUACCACACCUUUUUGACUGCCUGCACGUACAUCGCCAAGUUCUAUGAAAACGUAUAUAAGC